AUGUUUUAUGCUUUAAGGAAAUCAUCAUGGUUUGCCAAUGUAAAUAUGGGUCCUCCUGACGCUAUUUUAGGUGUCACGGAAGCUUUUAAAAGGGACAAAAACCUUAAGAAAGUGAACCUGGGAGUUGGUGCUUAUAGAGACGACACUGGGAAGCCUUAUGUGUUGCCGUCAGUAAGAAAAGCGGAAAUGGAACUGAUGGCAGAAAACUUAGAUAAGGAAUAUGCAGGCAUCGCUGGCAUUCCUGAGUUUGCAGCUGCUGCUGCGAAAUUGGCAUUUAAAGAAGAUUCCCCAGUUUUACUUGAAAAGAGAAACGCAACAGUGCAGAGCAUUUCUGGCACAGGAGCUCUUCGAACUGGAACGGAAUUCUUGGUUAGCUUCAACAAAUACCUUAGGGAAUCGUACCAACCAGCUCCUACUUGGGGUAACCACAUCCCGGUGUUUAAGUUUGCAGGCAUAGAUGUAAAGCAGUACCGGUAUUAUGAUAAAAAAACAUGUGGGUUUGAUGAAAAAGGGGCUUUGGACGACUUGUCAAAAAUUCCGGAAAAGUCUAUAGUUUUAUUUCAUGCCUGUGCCCAUAAUCCUACUGGCGUCGAUCCAAAGCCUGACCAGUGGAAGAUGAUUGAAGAGGUAGUCAGAAAACGACAACUGUUCCCUUUCUUUGACAUGGCUUAUCAGGGUUUUGCUUCUGGUGACAUUCAUAAGGACGCAGCAGCGGUUAGGUACUUUGUAAGUAAAGGCCACUGCAUGGCGUUAGCUCAGUCAUUUGCGAAGAAUAUGGGUCUCUAUGGCGAGAGAGUUGGCGCUUUCUCAAUUGUUUGCGGGUCGUCUGGCGAGGCUGCGAGAGUCAUGUCACAGCUCAAAAUCCUUAUUCGACCAAUGAUCUCUAACCCUCCUAUACACGGAGCGAGAAUCGCAACACGUAUCCUUACCAGUGAUACCCUUAAAAAACAGUGGUUGGUUGACGUUAAGUCAAUGGCUGAUCGAAUCAUUAAUAUGCGACUGCGACUGAAGGACCUUUUAGCAAAAGAGGGGUCGAAACGCAACUGGCAGCAUAUUGUUGAUCAAAUUGGAAUGUUCUGUUAUACUGGUAUUUCUUCUGAACAGGUUGACAAACUGAUAAAAGACUUUAGCAUUUAUCUUACAAAUGAUGGACGUAUAUCGGUGGCAGGUAUUUCUUCUACAAACGUGGAGUACCUGGCAUAUGCUCUCCAUCAGGUCACGAAAUAA